CCGGGCGAUACUAGCUUUUUGACUUGGGCAAGUUGCUUAAUUGUGUGUCAGUUUUCUUAUCUGUAAAAUGAGGGAUAAAAAUGGUUGCUACCUCAGUGUUGUUUUGGGGAUUAAAGGUGUUAAUACAUAUAUAUAAAAUGUUUAGAACAGUACCUGGAAUAUUAAAGUAUUUAAUAAGUGUUUCCUAUUACCUGAAUUUUUUUACAUGCCUGUGUCCUGUUCAUCAUUCAAGUCUCAACUCAAGUGUCAACUCAAGUAUUCCCUCAUUACUCUCUAAAGUAGUUCUCUCUCAGUCUCCUACUAUUUUGUUAGUGUUUUAUUGUCCAUGUGGCAUUUGAUGUUCUGAAAAAGAAUUGUUUUUAUGUAAACUGUGCAAGAAUAAGAAUUUUGUCUGUCUGGUUCAUUGUCAUAUCCCCUGAGCCUAGAAAAGUACAUAAACAAAGCUCCAGAAUCUGUGUUCAACAAAUGAAUGAAUAAAAAUACAUUCUGGCAUAUCAAGUGUCUGGUAUAUAUAAGGGUAGGUUACUAAAUGGUAACAUACUAGUACAGCUUGUUAGUCACUGUGGUGUUGUGGAUGCUGAUAUAAAGAAUACACCAUUCCUGCCCUUAGGUUCUCCAUUCAGUUGAGUGGAGAGAACAGACACAUAAGUAAGUGGGAAAUUGCUAAAAGGAGAGGUGAGUUCAGAAUGCACUCCGGGCUCCGAGGAAGGAGUGAGAGGCUGGAGCAGGCUUUAGAGAAGAGGUGACUCGCAUGAGUAGGAGGUACCUGCUGGUGUAGCCAGUGGUCCUGUGUUGAGAGUGGGGUGGGGAAGAAUGGGAAAGGUAGUAGCCUGUUGAUUCCUUCUGCCCUUCUGCAGGAAUUUUUUACAGACAACCUGUGGGGCACACUCCCUUGCUCAUGGCAGGAAGCACUGGAUGGACUGGACCCACCACAGCUGGCCACACUGCUGCUGGGGAUGCCUGGAGAAGGGGAAGUGGUCAGACCCCCUCAGAGUUUGCGGAGAACCCCAGCCAGAGCUCCAGACUUAGAGCUCCAUUCCGAAAACAUGUCAGGCCCAAGAAGCAGCAUGAGAUCCGGAGGAUGGGAGAGCUGGUGAAAAAGCUGAGUGACCUCACAGGCUGCACCCAGGUUGUGGAUGUAGGCUCAGGCCAGGGCCAUCUCUCCCGCUUCAUGUCCCUGGGGCUGGGGCUGAAGGUGAAGAGCAUUGAAGGGGAUCAGAGACUGGUGGAGAGAGCCCAGCAUCUGGACCAGGAGCUCCUGCAGGCUCUGGAAAAAGAGGAGAAGAGGAACCCACAGAUGGUGCAGAUUCGCUCUCGCCGCUCCCCACACCAUGUGGUUUGCUGGGUAGACCCCAGGACCCCGUGUGAGGAGCUUCUGCUUCCGCUGGAGAACUCACCUCUGGGUGAGGCCCGCUUGCUGCUGACAGGCCUCCAUGCCUGUGGGGACCUGAGUGUUGCCUUGCUGAGGCAUUUCUCCUGCUGCCCUGAGGUGGUGGCCCUGGCCUCAGUGGGCUGCUGCUACAUGAAAUUGAGUGACCCUGGUGGCUACCCACUGAGUCAGUGGGUGGCUGCGCUGCCUGGCUAUGAACUGUCCUACAGGCUGCGGGAGGGGGCCUGCCAUGCCCUGGAGGAAUAUGCUGAGAGGCUACAGAAAGCAGGCCCUGGCCUUCGAACCCACUGCUACCGGGCAGCACUGGAGACGGUCAUCCGGUGUGCCCAGCCCAAGCUCCGUCGACCAGGCGUGCAAGGGAUCCCUAGAGUCCAUGAGCUCAAGAUUGAAGAAUAUGUGCAGCGGGGGCUACAGCGGGUGGGGCUGGAUCCCCAGCUGCCACUGAAUCUGGCUGCCCUUCAGGCCCACCAGGCCCAGGAGAACCGUGUGGUGGCCUUCUUCAGCUUGGCCCUCUUGCUGGCCCCACUGGUGGAGACACUGAUUCUACUGGACCGGCUACUGUACCUUCAGGAGCAAGGCUUCCAUUCUGAGCUCCUGCCCAUCUUCAGCCCUGCACUCUCUCCGAGAAACCUGGUUUUGGUGGCCACCAAGAGGCCCCUGGGUCAGGCCUUCUCUGUUCUGGAGACCGAAGACAGCUGAUGCAACCUGAGGAAGGGCACAUCUUGGACCCCAUCCGAAAUCACCCAGGUACCACAGUGGGUGGCAGAGUCUGCACUCUUCACCCAGAGAACCAGCAUCCUGCAUCCUCUGUGGAAUCUUGGUGCCCCACAGACCUUCAGCUUCGUACUCUUUCUCUCCCUCCAUGAGUUAUGUAAUAGUAUGUAAAAUUUUAUUUUUAAUUUAUUAAAAAAUG